AUGUCGACGGUUCCAAUUGCUGAAUUGCCUAAAGAGCAAAGGGAAGAACUCAUGUGCGUAUAUGCAUCAUUGAUCUUGCACGACGAUGGACUCGAUAUUAGCCAAGAGAACAUUUUGAAGUUAAUAAAGUCGGCAAAAGGUGACAUUCAACCAUUUACACCCAUGCUGUUUGCUCGUGCUUUGAAGGGAAAGGAUCUCUCUACUCUGUUCUCCUCUGUCGCUGCUGGUGGAACUGCAGCGGCUCCCGCCGGAUCUGCUCCACCAGCAGCUGCCUCCCCUGAAGCUAAGAAGGAGGAGCCAGAGGCUGAAGAGGAGGAGGAUGAUAUGGGAUUCUCGCUCUUUGACUAA